UCAGCAGUUCAGUCAGUGGAGGAACUGCGUAAUAAAAACAGAUUUUAUUCGAUUAAUUCGGUUUAAAAAAAGAACGGAAGAAAGACAGCAUGUUGAUGGAUGAACAGUGUGAAGACACCGAGGUGUUCAUCCCGGAGCAGGCGUGCGUCAUCACCGUCCCUGUGAACUCACUGCCUUCAUCCAUCACCAAGAAGAUCUCCGCGUGUCCCGUUCAAUCCGACCAACCGGCGACCUUCAUCUCUCCGGUGCUGCUGAGGGAGAAAGGGACGACCUGCAAACCACGAACUCUGACCUCAGGACAGUUCUUUCUGCCGGUGGUGACGUCCAACCGCAAAGCUUUCAAGAUUCUCCGGAACUUUCUACACUCAGGUGAGGACUUGCUGCAGUUUUCGGAUAAGAACUCUCGAGCGGGUUCUACGUUCUCCAGGAGGGAGAACUCCAUCAUUCUGUUUAAAACACAGAUUUUCCUCAUUGUAAGAAAAGCCAAGGCGCCUGAUUGGCCACUGGAGCAACAAAGCUCCACCCCUUCUGAGUGUGAAGCCCAGCCCCUGAAAUCACCUGAACAAACACAUGGAGGAAGUGACCUCACAGAGAGGCGGAGUAAUGAAGGUCCACGUGGAGCAGAAGCUCGUGUGACGCACGCGGAGGCGCGAGGUGCCGAUGAUCGCGCUGUGCCGCGGUGUGAAGCGCAGGAUGACAUCACUGACAGGAAGGGGAGUAACGAUGGCCCUGGUGCUGCAGAGGAUCAUGGGAAAUGUGCAGAAGUGUUAAAGGAAAAAGAAGCUGAUGCGAUGAAGGACGGUGAAGAAAACAAAUCAUUAACGCCAACUAGAGACGUGAGCACGAACACGCCGAGCAGAUACAUAAAGCUGGAGGAGGAGCGUGACGUUCCCGCGUCGGGUGAAGCUCAAAGCUCAUUGGCUAAUGCUCAGGACUGUAAAGGUGGAGAGAUUCAGGUCACGCCGAGACUCACAGAAAGCUCUAAUGCAGCCGUAACGAGUGAGCUGGGACGCACUAACGAGACGAGAUUAGCUGCAGAAACUCCCACAGGAAAUGAAACGAGUUCAUCGGAUAAACACGGUGAUGAUCAAUCCCAGAUUAGCAAAGGUCAGAGUUCAUUGGCUAAAACUAAAUGCUCUGAUCUUCUGAUUUUCCCCACAGUUCAGAGUCCGUUGUUAAUGGAUGUAAAUGAACUUCAUGAUAAAAGUGACAUUAAAGGUCGAAUCAGCGAAUCGGAGAUUCCUUUGGAUAAAACGGAAACCUCCGUCAGUGUUGCUGAGAUCGUAGGCUUAAACAAUAACGAUCGAGUUUCAAAAAAAAUUGCAGGAGAGCCGAACAAAAACGUAGAAAAUUCUAAAAGUGGCGGCAGUAUUCAAGCGAACAAAGGUCAGAGUUCACACUGUGAAAGUGCCGUCGAGAUCAUGGACAUAAACAGCGACGAUCGAGUUUCCAACGUAAGCUCCGACGAGGAGAACGCAGUCGUAACAAACGUUAGCAAAGUUGAAGAUUUAUUAGAAAAAUUUGAGAGCCUCAAACGCAGAAUUAACGAUUGCGUUCACUCGCACGGUUCAGCAGGUCAGUUUAAAAAACAUAAACAAUGUAAUGACGUCAUUGUGGAAACGACUGCAGAUUGUGAUGACCUGAUAAUUGUUGAAAGUUGUGUGGAAGUCGAAAGUAUCAAAGCAGGAAGUGACCCGGAGGUCAUGGAGGUCAAGGGCGGCACCACAGACGCAGCAAAUCGGCAGGUAAGCGACAAUAAACGUCACGUUAAUGAGACGAGCACUAAAUCUAAAAGAGAAAGUUUGAAAGGUAAAGUCGCGAGUUCUUCGGCUGAAGUGAGAGGCUGUGAACGCGCCGCCGUUGAGAUUAUUGACGAAGACGACAAUCAAAGUUUACACAAAAGUACAAAUCACGCAAAUCGAGAUGCAACAAGUUUUAAGUGUCGCACUGAGACAAAGUCGAGGGCAUGUCCGAGUCCGUUGGAGAAACGCUACGAAAGCGCUGUUGAGAUUGUAGACCUUAAUGACGAUGACGAGGUCAUCGUAAAGGAGAGAGAGAUCGUAAACGUACGCAGACGACGUGUUGGUGAAGUGUGUAAACGCAGACUUGUUGAUGGAUUCACGGACGAGACGAGUUCAGAUGCAGAAAUUGGCGCUCAGAUUCGGGGAGGUAACGGUUCGUCGGCUAAACGACCAAAACGUGUUGAUGAUGAUGAUGACGUGAAUUUCUCAUCUGGAUGUAAACGUUUGGAAAGUGCCGUAGGUCCAAACCCUCAGGGUAAAAAUUAUAAUCGUGAUGUUGAGAUCAUCGAGGUUGAUGAUGAUGAUGAUGAUGAUGAAAUCCACAGAAGAGCAAACUACACAAACAAAAAUCUCACCAGCGUUGAUAGUUGCGUGAAAGAAACGAAGGUUUGGAGAAACAGAGGAAAUGUCCAGGAUUUGUCCGAUAAAGUCAGCAGGCGUGAAAAUGAUGUCGAGAUCUCAGAUCCUCAGGGACGCCGAGGCGACGGAGCUGAACGCCUGAGUUCGCUAGAGAAAAUCGAAAGCUGUUGUAAAAGGCGUGUUUCUGAUAGCAACAGCACCAACGAGCCGAAUUUGGAUGUUGAAAGUGACGCUGAGGCUCAGAUUAUCGGAACUGAAGAUUCAACGGUGAAACACGUGAAAUCGGCUAACGUUACGGAUCCAAGUGGAAAAACUCGUGAAGAAUCUGACACUAAAAGUCAGAGUCGUGAAGCGGAGUGUUUGUUGGAGAUCGUGGCAGAAUGUGAGAAUGAUCAGGUUUUGCGAGAGCCGAAUCGAGACGAUACAAAAUCUAAAAAUGACGUUAAUGAGACGAUAAUUCAGAUUUUAUCUGCUAAAGGUCCGUUCAGCGAAGUUCCGAGUUCUUCUGUUAAAAAUAAAAUCUGUAAAACUGUGUCCGAGGUUGUGGACGUACAUGAUGACGAUCGAGUGAAUGAUGCAAAUCAAAUCCUAACAAAUGAAGGAAGUUGUGUUAAAUCUCGCGUUAACGAGGUUCAGAAUGAAAGUGCUGCUGAUACGGUGGACGCGAGCGACGAGCGAGAGCGAGCGCCAUCCGAUGAACGGAACGAAUCUGAUGUAACGAAUGAUGGAAGUCGUGUUGAAAUUGAAUCGUAUGUUAGUGAGGCUCAGAAAGCUGCUGAGGAUCGGGGAAGCGACUCUGACGAAGCGAGUCAAGACAGAACAACCGGCGAGGUUUCAGGGUGUGAGCGUGACGCUGAGGACGCUCGUGUGGAAGAGAAUAACAGUCUAGCUUUAUGUAGCAUCACAGACGAGCCGAAUCUAUCCGUAACGACUUCGGAAAGUUGCACUAAUCCUCAGAUCAGCGGUGAUGCGAGUUCAUCCAUGACAUUUGAACACCGCGAGAGCGAUUCCGAAAGCCAAGCGGAUCCAGACGGCGAGUUUGCAGGUGAACAGUCAGAGGCUACCAAUCAGAAUGCACAUGGUGAGGAAGUGGGUGUUUUGCCCCGCCCUACACCUCCUCGAGCGAAUCACGAGUUUGAUUACGUGGAGCUGAGGCGGGAGGAGAACAUCAGCCUGAUCCGAGCGAGACUCCGAGGGAUGGAGGAGAAACUCAGCUCUCUGAUUAACUCUCACCACUGAGCAGAACGAUCAGGAGCAGAACACGCUCACAGUUCUGUUGGGUUUUUGGUGAAAAUGCAUCUCAUUAACAUAUUCGCCGAGACGAGACGCUGUUCGUCCCACAGCUGCGUGUUAAACGUGAUGAACUCUCGCGUCCCACAACACGGCGUGAAUGUAAUGUGAACUUUCAGCACAGAGGUGUUCUGUUCUGUUCUCUGUUCUAGUUAGUGCACUGUAGACGGUGGAGAUGAGAAUAUUUAUUCUUUAGUUUUGGAUCAAAGAUAAAAUGAUCAGGGUCUGAAGAGAAAAGGAAGCACAGGGUGUGAUUUUAUAUUUUUAUAAUUUUUGGUUGUGAGGUUUAUUAUGCAGCUCAUUGGCAUGAAAAAAUAUAUUUAACACUUUAACAGGAAAAAAGAAUAAAUCUGAUAAAAAAAUCUGUCUCAUAAAAAAAAAACUGGAUGAAAAACCUUAUAUAUUUCAUUAUCUGGAGCUGAUGUAUUUAUUUCAGUUUUUUUAUGUUGGAAAAGCUUUUUUUUUUUUUGGUGUACUUUAGUUUUGUUUUGGUUGUUUGAUGGAAGAACAGACUGAAG